UUCUGUGCAAUCUGCUCAACUGAAGAGGCUACACAUGGAUAGUCAUGCAGAAAUAACUCAAUUUUAAAACAAGUCAAAAAACCCACAUCAUGAAGGUUCACACGCUGUCACAAACAUAAAAUUGGUUUUGAUAAGCCCACAGGAGAGAUAAAGCAAUUACCACUAAUAAAUAUGUAAACAUGCACACUUUGACCGUUAAUAAGGAAGUGACAGGCGGGGCAAAGGUCUCUGUGGUUUUACAAGGCCAAAAAGGAGAAGCAGCUAUUAUAGUAGUUACUUGCCAGUAUGAGAGGGGACCAGAGGUUACAGAAGGAGGACACGGUUAGGAAUUAAAAGUCAACACCACUGGCAAAAAGUUAAUAUCGGACGGUAUCUACCCAGGCACGGAGAAAUUCUUUGACAGCCUCAAGUAUUCUUGACUCUGUCAACACAUCAGUGGCAAGACUGAAAAUAGAAACCUGAUGAUUAUCUUGGGGACAGCAAAAGAAUUUAACAAGUUUUUGGUAUGUGUGUAGCUUCAUAAACCACAACAAUGACGAAGCCGUUAUUUUUCAAAGUCACCUCAGACCAGCUGUUACUCUGCGUCUUCCUGAGUCUGCUCUGGGGUGUCACUGACUCCAACACAACAACAGGUAAAACAACAGUGAUAAGUUCAUCAACCACUCCUCCAACAACCACUCCUUCAUCAACCACUCCUCCAACAACCAUUCCUUCAACAGCCAAUCCUCUAACAAUAAAACCAUCUCCUCGUAAUGCAGGAAUGUUUCAAGCAAUUGCACAAAACGAGACCAGUAUAACUCUGCAGUGGAAUAAAGUGGAUGACAUCCUCAACUACAGGCUUUUGUUCAAUGGAAGCGAGAUAAAUGUCACUACAUCAGCGGGAAAUCAAGUGGAACAUACAAUACCUGGACUCACAAGUGGGACUAAAUAUGUCUUUACUCUCCUUGCUGUGUAUGAAAGUGUCAGGAGCAGUGGAGUAACUCUGUCUGCAGUCACUGCUCCUGAAAAUGUUAAGGGAGUGGAAGUGUCAGGACAAAGUGAGAACAGUAUAUCUCUGAUGUGGGACAAGGUUAACAACAUCACAACAUAUCUGCUACAAUACGAGGACAAAGGCAGUUCCAAGGUGGAAAAUAUCACUGCAUCUGAUUCAGAGGCUUCAGUAACACAUGAGGUCUCUUCUCUCACUGCUGGAACCAAAUACAAUUUCACGCUUUUCACUGUGUUUGAGGAAGUGAACAGCACUGGAUACGCGUUUCAAGCCGUCACCGCUCCUGAAAAUGUUAAGGGAGUGGAAGUGUCAGGACAAAGUGAGAACAGUAUAACUCUGAUGUGGGACAAGGUUAACAACAUCCCAACAUAUUUGCUACAAUACGAGGACAAAGGCAGUCCCAAGGUGGAAAAUAUCACUGCAUCUGAUUCAGGGACUUCAGUAACACAUGAGGUCUCUUCUCUAACUGCUGGAACCAAUUACAGUUUCACGCUUUUCACUGUGUUUGAGGAAGUGAACAGCCCCGGAUACGCGUUUCAAGCCGUCACCGCUCCUGAAAAUGUUAAGGGAGUGGAAGUGUCAGGACAAAGUGAGAACAGUAUAACUCUGAUGUGGGACAAGGUUAACAACAUCCCAACAUAUUUGCUACAAUACGAGGACAAAGGCAGUCCCAAGGUGGAAAAUAUCACUGCAUCUGAUUCAGGGACUUCAGUAACACAUGAGGUCUCUUCUCUCACUGCUGGAACCAAAUACAGUUUCACGCUUUUCACUGUGUUUGAGGAAGUGAACAGCCCCGGACACGUGUUUCAAGCCGUCACCGCUCCUGAAAAUGUUAAGGGAGUGGAAGUGUCAGGACAAAGUGAGAACAGUAUAACUCUGAUGUGGGACAAGGUUAACAACAUCCCAACAUAUUUGCUACAAUACGAGGACAAAGGCAGUCCCAAGGUGGAAAAUAUCACUGCAUCUGAUUCAGGGACUUCAGUAACACAUGAGGUCUCUUCUCUCACUGCUGGAACCAAAUACAGUUUCACGCUUUUCACUGUGUUUGAGGAAGUGAACAGCCCCGGAUACGCGUUUCAAGCCGUCACCGCUCCUGAAAAUGUUAAGGGAGUGGAAGUGUCAGGACAAAGUGAGAACAGUAUAACUCUGAUGUGGGACAAGGUUAACAACAUCCCAACAUAUUUGCUACAAUACGAGGACAAAGGCAGUCCCAAGGUGGAAAAUAUCACUGCAUCUGAUUCAGGGACUUCAGUAACACAUGAGGUCUCUUCUCUCACUGCUGGAACCAAAUACAGUUUCACGCUUUUCACUGUGUUUGAGGAAGUGAACAGCCCCGGAUACGCGUUUCAAGCCGUCACCGCUCCUGAAAAUGUUAAGGGAGUGGAAGUGUCAGGACAAAGUGAGAACAGUAUAACUCUGAUGUGGGACAAGGUUAACAACAUCCCAACAUAUUUGCUACAAUACGAGGACAAAGGCAGUUCCAAGGUGGAAAAUAUCACUGCAUCUGAUUCAGGGACUUCAGUAACACAUGAGGUCUCUUCUCUCACUGCUGGAACCAAAUACAGUUUCACGCUUUUCACUGUGUUUGAGGAAGUGAACAGCACUGGAUACAUGUUUCAAGCCGUCACCGCUCCUGAAAAUGUUAAGGGAGUGGAAGUGUCAGGACAAAGUGAGAACAGUAUAACUCUGAUGUGGGACAAGGUUAACAACAUCACAACAUAUUUGCUACAAUACGAGGACAAAGGCAGUUCCAAGGUGGAAAAUAUCACUGCAUCUGAUUCAGGGACUUCAGUAACACAUGAGGUCUCUUCUCUCACUGCUGGAACCAAAUACAGUUUCAUGCUUUUCACUGUGUUUGAGGAAUUGAACAGCACUGGAUACGCGUUUCAAGCCGUCACUGCUCCUGAAAAUGUCACAGGAGUGGAAGUGUUAAGACAAAGUGAGAACAGUAUAACUCUGAUGUGGGACAAGGUUAACAACAUCCCAAAAUAUUUGCUACAAUAUGAGGACAAAGGCAGUUCCAAGGUGGAAAAUAUCACUGCAUCUGAUUCAGGGACUUCAGUAACACAUGAGGUCUCUUCUCUCACUGCUGGAACCAAAUACAGUUUCACGCUUUUCACUGUGUUAGAGAAAGUGAACAGCACUGGAUACAUGUUUCAAGCCGUCACUGCUCCUGAAAAUGUUAAGGGAGUGGAAGUGUCAGGACAAAGUGAGAACAGUAUAACUCUGAUGUGGGACAAGGUUAACAACAUCCCAACAUAUUUGCUACAAUACGAGGACAAAGGCAGUUCCAAGGUGGAAAAUAUCAUUGCAUCUGAUUCAGAGGCUUCAGUAACACAUGAGGUCUCUUCUCUCACUGCUGGAACCAAAUACACUUUCACACUUUUCACUGUGUUUGAGGAAGUGAACAGCACUGGAUACGCGUUUCAAGCCGUCACCGCUCCUGAAAAUGUUAAGGGAGUGGAAGUGUCAGGACAAAGUGAGAACAGUAUAACUCUGAUGUGGGACAAGGUUAACAACAUCCCAACAUAUUUGCUACAAUACGAGGACAAAGGCAGUUCCAAGGUGGAAAAUAUCAUUGCAUCUGAUUCAGGGGCUUCAGUAACACAUGAGGUCUCUUCUCUCACUGCUGGAACCAAAUACAGUUUCACACUUUUCACUGUGUUUGAGGAAGUGAACAGCACUGGAUACGUGUUUCAAGCCGUCACUGAUCCUGAAAAUGUUAAGGGAGUGGAAGUGUUAAGACAAAGUGAGAACAGUAUAACUCUGAUGUGGGACAAGGUUAACAACAUCCCAACAUAUUUACUACAAUACGAGGACAAAGGCAGUUCCAAGGUGGAAAAUAUCACUGCAUCUGAUUCAGAGGCUUCAGUAACACAUGAGGUCUCUUCUCUCACUGCUGGAACCAAAUACAGUUUCACGCUUUUCACUGUGUUUGAGGAAGUGAACAGCACUGGAUACGCGUUUCAAGCCGUCACCGCUCCUGAAAAUGUUAAGGGAGUGGAAGUGUUAAGACAAAGUGAGAACAGUAUAACUCUGAUGUGGGACAAGGUUAACAACAUCCCAACAUAUUUGCUACAAUACGAGGACAAAGGCAGUCCCAAGGUGGAAAAUAUCACUGCAUCUGAUUCAGAGGCUUCAGUAACAUAUGAGGUCUCUUCUCUCACUGCUGGAACCAAAUACAGUUUCACACUUUUCACUGUGUUUGAGGAAGUGAACAGCACUGGAUACAUGUUUCAAGCCGUCACCGUUCCCUCACAGGUGACUUUGGUCAAUGUCACUGAGCGCUCUACAACCAGUAUAACCCUGGUGUGGAACGUGGAUGUGGAUAAAGGCUGGAGCUACUUUCUCCAAAUGAACGGGUACAGCAUUCUCCUAAAUACAUCCACAGGUGUUGUGUUACAUAGAUUCACAUCUCUCCAGCCUGGAAGAGCGUAUCCAUUCAGCAUCAUCACUCAGUUCUCUGGACUCAACAGCACUUCUUAUGAAGACUACACAAUAACACGCAUAGACUGUGCCAGUGUACGAUGGCAUGUUACUACCUCAUCAAUCCAAGGAAUGGUUGAAGGCCUGUUCACAAAUGCAACAGCCAAAUACAAAUCACAAGAACAUGUCAGUCCUGGCGGUCCAAAUGUGUCAUUUACUGGCCUUUACCCUGGUGCAACCUAUGAGUUGUAUCUUUGGUAUGAAAACAACUCCAAACACUUGGACCAGUGUGAACACAAUCUGACAAUCAUUCCUCCAUGCUUAAAUGCUCGCUGUGAGCACUGGGAUGCUGGAUAUUCUGUCCGUAUUGCCUGGGAUGAACCGGAGGGUGUGUGGACUGCAGUGGAAGUGAAUGUGACGGGGAAAUCUUAUAGAAAGGAUAAAGAUGAUGGACAUUCUAUCGUAUUAUCUGGAUUCCUACCUGCCAAACAUUAUGAGGUGUCUUUAACUUCACUGUCUGGGACUGGAAAGGGUUCUGAGCAGCAUUCUGAGCCAUUUGUUUUUUCAUGUGCUACUGAUUCAAGGGGAGUCAUUGCAGGUUCAGUGUUUGCUGUGCUCCUUUUUGUUGUCCUGGUCUGUCUUGUUGUCUUCAUUUUGCUGAAAAGACCAGAUAUUAUCAGAAGAAAAAAGCUUGUCACUGUUGGCUCCAAACAAUCAGAACUAUUUCGGUGGCAAAGUUUCCAGACCACUUCUACCAAUUACGUGGGGACGACAACCGGGGUUUCAGCCAGGAGUAUGAGAGCCUCCUUCCUGUCGGCACGGGGCAGACACAGAAGACGGCUCUUCUGCCUGAGAACAAAGCGAGGAACCGGCUCGACAGUGUCCUGCCAUGUAAGCCUGUGGCGAGACGACGACUGGUGCCGGGUGAAGCUAACUACAUCAGAUCCCAAUGCGACCUCUGACUACAUAAAUGCCAGUUACAUGCCCGGCUACAACAGCGACAGAGAGUACAUCGCCACUCAGGGUCCUCUGCCGUCCACAGUGAAUGAUUUCUGGAGGAUGAUCUGGGAGCAAAAAGUGACAGGCAUCGUCAUGGUAACCAACUGCACCGAGGGAGGACGGACUAAGUGUGAACAGUACUGGCCUGCCAACAGUGAUCCUUGCCGUUAUGGAGAGCUGACAGUCACCAUGAAUUCUGAGCAGCAGGAGCCAAACUGGACCUUGAGGGACUUUAGGGUGAAACAUAGUAAGACCUCAGAGGAGCGCACAGUGAGACAUUUUCAUUUCACUGCUUGGCCUGACCAUGGAGUCCCACAGGGCACAGAAGUCCUGAUCCAGUUCAGAGGACUGGUGAGACAGCACAUCCACAGAGAAGGAGCUGGAGCGCCAACUGUGGUUCACUGCAGUGCUGGAGUGGGGCGGACUGGAACUAUCAUUGCCCUGGAUGUGCUGCUUCAGCAGCUUGAGAAGGAAAGAGCAGUGGGCAUCAAUGCCUUUGUGCACAAGAUGAGACUGAAUCGACCUCACAUGGUGCAGACGGAGUCCCUGUACAUUUUCCUGCACCAGUGCAUCAUGGACUGUCUGCUGACAGACAAGAAGGCUGAGGAGCACGUGUACGAGAACCCAGACCCGAUAUACGACACAGAGCUCCAAGUCUUUCACACAAAUCCUUGAGACUUUCAGCCCUGCAACUAAACUAAAAAAAACUGCUAUAUUUAGUUUAAUUACAUUAAAUUUAUAUUCAUAAGACACUUAAGAUAAUGUUUACAUUUAAUUUUUGUUCAUCUCAUUUGUCAAACAUGUAGUAUAAUGCAUGUAGUAUAAUACU